GUGACGAUGCCCUUCAAGCUCCGCCUCAAGAAGACUCGGCAGUACAAUGUGUUGUCUCGCAAUGUCCUGGUCAUCAGCGUGGAGCUCCUGGAUAAGACCACGCUGGAGUGCACCCUCUCCGCUGACUCCACCGGCCAGGACUGCCUCCACAAUGUCUGCCAGCGUCUCUCACUCCACCAGCCUGAGUUCUUGGGCCUUCGUUACAUGAGCAAGAAACCGUACCCAAAGGUGAGAUGGGUAGAGCUGGACAGGCCCCUCAAGAAGCAGCUAGACAAGUAUGCACAGUCCCCCACCCUGGCCCUGGCUGUGCUCUACUACAUUCAUGACGUUGCUCUGCUGCAGGAUGAUGUGACCAGAUCUCACUACUUCCUACAGGUGAAGCAGGAUGUUCUGGAGGGGAAACUGCGCUGUAACCAUGAACAGGCUGUCCUCCUUGCCUCCUACAGCCUGCAGGCUGAGUUUGGGGAUCAUCAGCCAGACCGCCACACUGCUGAAUAUCUUAAGGACUUCAAGCUUUUCCCGAAGCAGAUCGGCAGUGAGGGGGAGGUGGGUGCCCUGCUGGAGGCUGUGGUGUGGCAGUACUCAUCCCUGCAAGGACUAGCACAGGCCCUCGCUGAGACCUACUACAUCCUGGAGGCACAGAGGCUGGAUGGAUAUGGACAGGAAACUUUUAUGGCCAGGGACGAGAGAGGCAGUGAAGUGUACCUGGGCACCUCUUUAAUGGGUAUUGACGUGCGACCUGCUGCUGGACACACACAUGUCUUCUACAGGUGGAACGACAUAACAAACCUGGUGAACAACAAGAGGAACUUCGGCAUAGAGUGUCAGAGAACAGACGAGACAGUUCACUUCACCUUCGACGAGCCUGAUGCUGCCAAAUAUGUGUGGAAGAUGUGUGUCAAGCAGCACACCUUCUACAAGCGCAAUCAGGAGGUUCUGGAGGGCGGCACUGGACCAGAGACACGCAGCUUGGCCAUUCCAGACCUGCAGAGCUCCGUCAUGUCCACCAACACCACCGCCAACACCACACAGCUGCACCACCACCACCUCAGCUCCUCUCAUGACAUGCUGGACAGUCGGGGAGGGCUGGGAGAAGUGACAUUAAGGAGCUCAGCUGACCAACAAGCCCUGGCCACUUACUCCACCACUCUGCCGCAGUUUGAGCUCUCCUACAUCCACCACUCAGCUGAGUCGAGUGGGGGUCACCUGGGAUCAGCAGUGGAGUCUACAGGUUCACAGCUGAUGACGGACCCUUCCUAUGGCCUUCUCUCUCAGUCUGCUUACUCCCUCAACACAUCCCACCACCCACAGCAAACCCAGGUCGUCCUCGCCACUCACAGCCAAGUAUCACAGCAGCAACAGCAAACACAGCAACAGCAACAACAACAGCAGCAGCAGCCUCAGACACCCUCGCAGCAGCAGAACCAGCAGCAGCAGCAGUCGUCACAGCUGCAGCACGAGGCAGCCGGCCAGCAGAUCACCCUGUACUCCUCAAAUCUCAGUCUUCCGUCCACUAGAGGCAGUUUCAGAAGGAGUCUGCUUCCCCAGUACCGGCCGGCCCCUGACUACGAGACGGCCCUGGUGCAGAAAUAUGGCCCAGGAGUGAACCCAGCCAACAUCCGCGCCACUAUGCUGUACUCCUCGCAGCCGGAGAUCUCUAACUCUCAUGUCUUGGAGGGAACGGCACAUGAAGUGGCACGUGCAUCGGGGGGCCUUGGCAGCUACAGUCACUACAAGGGCUACACAGACCUGUCCCAGCACCCUGACCCUUCCAUACCGCAGCUCAGCAGGUCAGCCGGGAUCCUUAUGCCUGGCCCUCUGCACAACACUUACAGCACUCCAGAACUUGCGUCCCCAUCCCGCGGUGAGCUCCUGGAGGAGAGGAGGGAGGGGGCACAGGAGGAGGUGAUGUAUGGCAAGCCACCUCCACCCUAUCCCUACCACAAGCCCUCCAGCAACAGCACACCAGACUUGGCCUCCACUACACAGGGUGGUGGCCAAAGUCCAGACCUGGCAUCACGGCGGCGGGCGCUGCUGACGGCCUCGCUGGGCUGCCUGGGCUCGCCGGACCUGUCUCGCACCUAUGAGAACCUAGCCGACCUGAGCGAGGCGGUGGAGAGUCUGCGGCAUGAGCUGUCCCGCACCACGGGGGAGGGCAGUGCGGCCUUCUCCACGCUGCACCCCUUCAACACCACCUACCACAACUCCUGCAAUGAGCUGGAUGCCAUCUACCAGCUUAGCGACGGCCGGGUGUCCAUUGCUCCCCCACCCCCGGGACAGUAUCCUCCCACCUCACACUAUCCACCCUCACAGUCCCAGCAGUACCCUGCCGGGGCAGCAUCCGGGGCACCCCAGGAGCCCAUCUACCAGAACAUUGCUGCCCUCAGGACAGAGGAUGCCAGGGAGCGCGCCCGCUCUGCCCCAGAGAUGGACAAUGCAGCCCUGGGUGUGUCUGGCCCUGCCCCGCCCAGCCACCUGCUGGGCCAGCUGCCGGAGGAGGUGCAGAGCAGCCGCAGCCGCACUGUGUCCCAACCAGCCAGGCAGGCGGCCCUGGACACCCAGCUGUAUCUUGGGGAGCAGCAGCAGCAGCAGCAACAACAACAGCAGCAACGUGGCCCCAUCGAGGCCAUCAACGCCACCAUGGGCCAGAUCCCCAUGUUCAGCGCCCAGCAGGAGCUGCGCCACAACCACCACCACCUCCUGCACCUGCAGCAGAUGCAGGCACUCUCCAUGCAGCAACAGCAGCAGCAGCAACAACAGCAGCUACAACAGCAGCUACAACUACACCAGCAAAAGGAACAGCAGCUACAGCUACAGCAGAAGGAGCAACAACAGCAGCAGCAGCAGCAUCUUCAGCUACAAGCACAACAGCAGCAGCAGAAACAUGUGCAGCACCAAGUCAACCAGCAGAGGCAGCAGCAGCAACAACAACAACAAAUUCAAGAACAGCAGAGACAACAAGAACAACAGAGACAACAACAACAACAACAGCAGCAGCUAAGACAGUCACAGUCACAGCCACAGGCAGCAGCAGCAGGAGGAGGAGGAGGCACAGGGCAGCAGGCGAAGCAGCAGGCAGCACAGCAGGAGUCGAGCAACAGCAGUGGUGGCGGCGAGGCAUCGGGCACCAAGCUGUCACCACGCAAGAAGUGGGGCGCCCCGAGUGGCCAGCGUGUGGUGCUGGCGGGGCAGGCGGAGGUGGUGAUGCCGUGGGAGACACACGCCCCACACGACAGAGGCAAGCGGCGGCAGGAGGCAGAGGAGUCGUCCCAGGCCAGGAGUCGUGUGCCAUCCCUGGACUCCAUUCUGGGCUCUGAGUCCAAAACCAAGGCCAGGGAGUCUUCACAGGACCCUCUGGACACCACCACCACCACCACCACCACCCCUUCCUCCAGCAGACAGGCCUCAGCAGGGAGUCGUGGGGCGGAGGGUGGCACGGCAGGAGGGAGUGGGGCCAAGGGUGCCACGCCAGAUGUGCUGAGGGGCGCCACACCAAAGGGACCCAAAGACCCCAGGGCGGUGCAGCUAGAGGGACGUCUGGUGAAGGGGGACAUCCUGCAGGAGUUUGAGGCCAUGCCUAAGAUCAAGGCAGGGGCGGACUUCACCACAGCCACCAAGGGGGAGAACAGCGCCAGGAACAGAUACAAGGACAUCGUGCCCUAUGAGGAGAACAGAGUGAAGCUGACACCCACCAAGGACAACAAGAGUGGAUACAUCAAUGCCUCUCAUAUCACGGCAAGCGUCGGGGAGAGCCAGCGUUUCUACAUCUGCUGCCAGGGUCCCCUCGCCAACACUGUGGCUCACUUCUGGCAGUGUGUGUGGGAGGCUGAUGUGUACCUGGUGGUCAUGCUUACCUCAGUCACCGGCGACACAGCCACCAGCAAGAGCUUCCCCUACUGGCCACAGACAGAUAAUACAAGUGUGGAGUGUGAUCAGUUCCGAGUGUAUCGCAAGCACAGCACAGUCAGCCGGUCACACAUCACCAGUCGCCUGCAGGUUGUCCACAUCCCCACACGCAAGAGCCGCAACAUCUGGCACCUGCAGUACACAGAUUGGGCGGACCACGGCUGCCCUGAGGACCUGUUGGGCUUCAUCAGCUUCCUGGAGGAGCUGUCAACACUGCGCCGCUACACCUACAAGGAGGUGCGAGGCGUGGGGCGCAACCGCAACACUCCCGUCCUGGUGCACUGCUCAGCCGGUGUGGGAAGAUCAGGUGUCACCAUUCUGUGCGACCUUCUGCUGGAGGCAACGGACCAUAACCUGCCGCUGGACCCCCCUAAAGUCCUGCAGCACCUGAGGCAGCAGCGUAUGGCCCUUGUGCAGACCAUAGCACAGUACAAGUUAGUCUAUCAGGUCCUGCUGGCUUACCUCAACAGGGCACGGCUAAUUUAGUGAAGGGUGGGGCAGUGCUGAGUGGCCUUGGGGACUCAGAUUGCUAGUGAGUUAGGAGUGACGUUGUGGAGAGAGGAAGGCGGAGAGUGAACACCAGGAUGCCAUAUACAACUUGUACUUCAUUGCCAUCUUAUACUGACUCAUGCUCACUUAUACUCAGACACUCAUGCCUUCUAGUACCUGAUAUCCAUGGAGAUGUCAGUGUUUUAAAGGCUCAUUUCACUUAUACUUAGUGCCUUAUCAAUCUUCCAGCCUCAGACUUCAUCCUACCACCUGAUAUCAGUAUUAGGGGCCUUACACUAAUACUUACACCUUAUACUUACCACCAUAUCAGUCUCACACCAUUAUAUUCUACCCAAACACAUGAUAACCUCAAGAAUAUCAGUAUUAGGGGCCUUAUGAUUCUUCUAAUACCUUAUAUUCACUCCCAAGUCAGUCUCAUACUCAUAUUUACCUGAUACUUACUGCAUUGUCAAUCUUACAUCUACAUAACUGAUAGCAGCUGAUAGCCACACCCUUAGAUGACCUCAGUGAACGCUGCUUGGUCAUCUUUAUUUUUGCCAAGUUUUGUUAUCAUUGCUGUCGUUAUCGUGUCGUGUAACUUUUUCUUUCUCUCUCUCUCUCUCUCUCUCUCUCUCUCUCUCUCUCUCUCUCUCUCUCUCUCUCUCUCUCUCUCUCUCUCUCUUUUCCUCUUUUUUUUCCUCUUUCUCUCUCCUGUGUGACUUGUUUGUAUUCUCGUGUGUCUGCAGUUAACAGUUUCCUUCCUCCCUUGUUUUUUUUCUACUUAUUUUCAGCAUUUAAUUUCCACUGCAGCUUGUCAAACCAUAGAUUCACAAAAAACACCCUUGAAAACCCCCAAUAACUUCCACUAUAACAUGUCAAACUAAUACAUGAAAACACAAUAUCAUCUCUCACUGAACCCUUUUAGUCAUGAGGGACAAGAGAUACUGUCUAGGAAUAUACUACUUGAUCUCAUUCCUCUGCUCUGUUCAUGAAAUCUUUCUCUCAUGGCCCUCCAGUACAGUGCCUUGUGAAUCCCUGUGAGCUAAGUGCCAGGCCUUCCCAUGCUGACACUGCCUUCCUCUACUUUGAGAGUGAUAAUUUGUCUUGUUCUUGAUCUUUCCCUCAUAUGUGAUACUUGUGCUGUGGGUACUGUUGCUGUUAUUGAUACUGCUACUACUACUACUUUUACUACUACUACUACUAUUGCUACUACUACUACUACUACUACUAUGUGAUGUUUUCCAUUUGUUAGACCUCGCAAUAUUUAAUCCUUUUAUCGACCUGUUUAAUCUUGACGUCAGAAGAGAAAGCAUAACGAUGUGUUUCAUUCAUUACUUAAGAAAUUUGUACGUGAAUUUUGCUAUACUUAAUUUACGUUUUUAUUUGUAUUUUAUUUAUUUUUUUUUUCUUUUAUUUGUGUUCUUAUUUCCAUUUAAAAAGAGAAAGGGACGGAAAUCAAAACCAAAUGAUGAGCAGUUGUUGUUUUUAUGUGUAACUGUGUGUUUGGAAAGCUUCAGGUUUUUAUAUAUACCUUUCAAAAAUACUUGAAAAAAAAAAAAAGCCGAAAAAAUCAAAGGUGUAUCAGAUUUGAUGUAUAACUUUCAAAAUACGUAAAAAAAAAAGGAAAAGGGUAAAAAAAAAAUAUUAAAGAUGAUAGACUUUUAUGUAUAGCUUUGAAAUACGUCACAAAACAUUAAAAAAAGGCAUUUGUUUCCUUACGUAUAGCUUUCAAAACCCGUGAAAAGAAACACACACACACACAUGCACACACUGACAGACACAGGUACUCUACUUUUUAAUCUGAGUGUAUAUCGUAACAUACACACACAGGUACACCCUUCAUACAUACAUACACUCAUGGUUUUUUAUUAUUAUUUAUCUAUUUAUUUAUUUGAUUUUAUUUUAUUUAUUAUUGUGGCCCCUGGGGAACCUUGGAACGCCACUGCUCAUACGCACAUGCAGGUAACUCUCGAUUUACACGUUAGAUGCGUUCAAAGAGGCAUUGUGUAUUUCAGAAUUCAUGUAAAACUUGUAAUUCUCAUAAUAAGUAUCCCCUUUAGCCCAUAAAUUCCCGUGAAAAGCCCACAUGGUAUUAAAAAAAAAAAAGAAAGAAAAAGAAACACUAGAUAACAGGGGGAUGUGGGAUGUGGUCCAAAUCGUGUAGAAGCAAACCCAGUCACGCAAAUUUGAUUAAUUAUGAUAUUUUUUUGGUCGCGUAUUAACAAAAACGCAUAAAUUAAACACGCGUAAAUCAAGAGCUACCUGUACAUACUUCGUUCCUUGACUUGCCAUAUACACACAGACAAACAUAUACCGCCUUGAAAACCAAGUGUGUAUCGUAACAUACAUACAUACACACAUACACCUUUCAUACAGAAACUCGUACUAUAAUACCACACAUACACACACACACACUUGGUACACAGACUUAUACUUAAAAUGCUUCCUGUGGUCCUGGUAUGGCUGGUUGGAAAGUUGGCAACCCUGGUGACAACAAGGGUGAAACUGCAAUAGUGUAGCAAUGAAUCGGUCACCCUUAUGUUGGUCCUAGCCGGGAGAGGACCUCUGGAGGAGUGACUGUGUGUGUGUGUGUGUGUGUGUGUGUGUGUGUGUGUGUGUGUGUGUUCCCGGCUGGGCAAUCAUUAGUUCUUACUUUCGCACGAACUCAACAAACGGCAAUUACGUUUUAUAUAUCCGUGUAAUAUUCGUUCGUACGUCUGUCUGUAUGUAUUACUAGUACACCCAUGUUACUAUUACUACUGCUACUAUUGCUACUACUACUACUUCUACUUCUACUUCUACUCUAGGCAGCGUGUUGAUUUGCAUUAUAAGCAUUAUGGAGAUGUAAGCUAAUCUAUACUGUGUGUGUGUGUGUGUGUGUGUGCGUGCGUCAAAACAGUCUUGCGUCUAGUACAAAUUGUGGUGUUUAUGUGUAUCUCUCUCUCUCUCUCUCUCUCUCUCUCUCUCUCUCUCUCUCUCUCUCUCUCUCUCUCUCUCUCUCUCUCUCUGUGUGUGUGUGUGUGUGUGUGUGUGUGUGUGUGUGUGUGUGUGAGAUGCUCGCUGCAAUCUGCUGACUUAGAACAAUUUGAUGUAUUUAUAACCAAAGUCUAUUUUGGCGGUGAAAAUUGUGCAUUUUUUAUCAUUAUUAUUAAACUGAAAAGAUAUUU